ACUACACAAAAACGAACAAAACCAAACCAGAGAUUAGAGAAACGUUCAUUGAUGAUGAUGGUGAUGAUGAGAUGAUAUUGUAGCAGCAGAGCGAAAGGCACAUCACCAGUUCAUCACCACCACCUAUUUCCUCGUUCUGUUUUUACACUCUUUCUUUCUAUUCUUCUUUCUCUCCCUAUAUUUCAGCCUUCUAUUCUCUUCCAUCUCUUCUUUUGUUAGACAGAUAGAUCACUCUCAUUAACCAUUUCUGGACUUCACUUUUUUCUAUCUGUAUCUUACAAGAUCUGUUGUUCUUUUCUGGGUUUUUCUUUUCUUAUCUUUUUUCCAUUUUUUUAUGGGUUUUACCUGAAUAUUCAACCCCCUUUUUCUCUGUUCUCAAUUCAUAUUUGUUUAUUUGUUUUUCAAUAGACAAGCUCAGUCAUACAACAGAUUUCAGCUCAAUCUACCAAUUUUCCAAGCUUUUGAUGAUAAAGAAAGGGUCUUUCAUUUCUUCCCCAGAUAUAAAGUUUUCAUUUUUAUUUUCUCCUGAAUUUUGAAUCUCACCUCUCUUUUGAUCCAAUCUUGUUGCACCCCAUUUUGUUUUUGACAAAUUUUCAGCCUCUUUUUACCUAAUCUCAAGCCCCCAGGUCCUCAAAAUGGACCCUUUCAUGGUUUCAGACUAGUGGGUUGUUUUCUGAUUUGACAAGGUCCUUCCUUUGCAAUUCAAAACACAAUUUUUGUUGUUGUCUCAAUCCCUUUGUGCCCUCAUCUUUCUUGAUCCAAUACAAAAAUGUAUGGAACCAAGAGCAAAAUUGAUCUUGCCUGUGAAUACCAAUCUCAAGUGGCAGUUUUGAGGCCUAGCAUCCAUUCCAGAAGGGCAAAUCUGACUGUGAAAUUCCAAGACCUUUAUGGUUUCACGGUGGAAGGGAAUGUGGAUGAUGUGAAUGUGUUGAAUGAGGUGAGGGAGAAGGUGAGGCAACAGGGUCGAGUUUGGUGGGCAUUGGAGGCCAGCAAAGGUGCAAAUUGGUAUUUGCAUACCACCAUUGGCCAAGGGAGUGCCCUCACAUCAUCAUUGAAAUUCUCAGCUUUGGCUAAUGCUAUCACUUUGAAGAAGCUCAUCAGGAAGGGGAUUCCACCUGUUCUUAGGCCUAAGGUUUGGUUUUCAUUGUCAGGGGCUGCUAAGAAAAAGUCCACGGUUCCUGAGAGUUAUUAUGAUGAUUUGACAAAAGCAGUGGAUGGGAAGGUCACCCCUGCUACAAGACAGAUAGAUCAUGACCUACCGCGAACCUUCCCUGGUCACCCGUGGUUGGACACUACUGAGGGGCAUUCUGCUCUUAGGCGAGUUCUUGUUGCUUAUUCUUUCCGCGAUUCUGAUGUUGGGUAUUGUCAGGGAUUAAAUUACGUUGCAGCAUUGUUGUUGCUAGUCAUGAAGACUGAAGAAGAUGCAUUUUGGAUGCUUUCUGUCUUGUUGGAAAAUGUCCUGGUUAGCGAUUGUUACACAAACAACUUAUCAGGAUGCCAUGUUGAACAAAGAGUGUUUAAAGACUUACUUGUUAAAAAGUGCCCAAGGGUUGCAAGUCACUUGGAAGCUUUGGAAUUUGAUGUUUCUCUUGUGACCACUGAGUGGUUCCUUUGCCUCUUUUCAAAGAGCCUGCCUUCCGAGACAACUCUACGAGUGUGGGAUGUUAUUUUCUAUGAGGGGGCUAAGGUUAUAUUUAACGUAGCGUUGGCAAUCUUUAAGAUGAAGGAAAAUGAAUUACUUCUAACCCAUCAUGUUGGCGAAGUAAUCAAUGUUCUGCACAUGACCACUCAUCACCUAUUUGAUCCAGAUGAUUUACUGACAGUGGCAUUUGAUCAGAUAGGAUCCAUGACAACCAACACCAUAUCAAAGCAAAGGAAGAAACAGGAACCUGAAGUCCAGAAGGAGCUUGAUCAGAGGAUCAGGAAGCUAAAUUCCCUUAAAGGGGAUGACAAAUAGCAUUUGAUUUGUCAAUUUUUUUUUUUUGUUUUUGAGGGGGGAACAUUGCACUGUCUAAUUUAAUCUGAAAUGUGGUGAAUUUAUGUAUUCCUUUAAAUUCUCCUCUGGGCAUGACAUGAGCCCUGUUGUUUUUCAGAAUGUUUGUAGGUGGUAAAGUGUAAAUUUGAACAUGGACACAGUUAUAAAUUAUUAUUAACUAA